UACGUCUCUCGCUCUGGUAAUGAUGAAUGGUCUUGUGAUCAAUCGAAUCCUUGCAAAACCAUUGGGCGAGCUGUCAUGUUAGCGUCAAGAGGAGAUAAAAUUCACAUUGAUGGUAACAACACUGACAAAUACCCGUAUAGCUGUCAAUCAGGAACGUCACAGCAUCCGGGAAUAUACAUCAACAAGACUCUAUCACUGAUUGGUUCUGCUAAUCCCAUGCCUCAGAUACGUUGUUUCGAAGAAACAGGGUUGGUGUUCAGUGGCUCUGAUAGCGCGGAGGACAUGAAUAUAACUAUAUCAGGACUGUUAUUUAGUGAAAGCCUUGUAUAUGUUCAAGAUUCCUCUGUUCAUAUCGAUGGUUGUAAGUUCCAAGGUAGUAAUCAGAGAGUGGAAAUUGUUAUUCGUUACAGUGCGUUCUCGAAGAUGCUGGUUACCAAUUCGACAUUCUCUAGAAACCGUAGGUGCAUUUCAAUAGUUGUCCAAAGUGAAAUGAGCUUAUCCCCAAAUAGCCAAUUAAUAUUCAAGCUUUCAAAUUCCUCGUUCGAUGGCAAUCUUUGUGUAGACAGAGGCGGAUGUAUCUCGUUCUACAAACCUGAGUCCAGUAUACAGACCGUUAGCUGCAAUGUCACACUGGAUAAUGUGAUAUUCUCCAACAACAACUUCAGUUCAGGACUCUUCGUUCUAAACAUUAACAAUGGCAGACAGAACAUAUACCUUCAGAACGUGACAAUUAGCGAAAACGCGCCAUCGUCAACAGUCUUAGAUGCUCUGGGAGGUUUCCUCGGUGGUGAAUACGUUGUCUCUACUAAUGAUGUACAUUUUUUGGUCAAUUCCAGUAACUUCAGAAGUGAACAUGCGCGUUUAUUCCAUGUGACUGCGUCAAAAAUUUCAUUUGAAAUCUUCAACUCGCGUUUUUUUGGUCACAAUUCCAAAGGAAGAGGUGGAGUUGCAUCGCUGGUUGGUGCUUUUCUUUGCAGGCUGAAAGUCUCCAAGUCAUUAUUUAUUGACACAACUGCUGCCCAAGGAGGAGCUUUCAAUAUAGAAUCCUCCAAUGAUGUUAAUGCAAGCAUUGAGGAUAGCACUUUCUACGGCAAUAAAGCAACAAAUGACGGAAGCGGGGGAGCGGUUUUUAUUAGUGCCUCAGAGUCAUCAUUGCGACUAAGUCAGUCUGCUUUUACGGAAUGCACUGCUGGAAAUGGUGGAGCAAUUUCUAUCGAAACAAAAUCGAAUUUACCGAGCGCAUAUCCUAAAGAUAUUGGUUUGCUCCUAACAACUGAAAGUUCCAAUUUUACAGGAUGCAGUGCUAAUAUACAGGGUGGUGCAUUGUACCUGAUUUAUGACACCAAUACGCAAAUUAGCCUGAAUAAAAGCCUUUUUAUCUCUAACGGUAUGGAAUUCGCGUUCGGAGGUGGCGCUAUCUGGGCCGUUUACAAUUCAAAAUCUGAAAAGGAUUUGAACGGGAACACCAGCCAAAUGACUUUAGAGCAGUGUACGUUUUCAGACAACCAUGCUCGUCAAGGUGGUGCUUUAUGGCUGUCACUGAAUGGCCCAAGUCUGCUCUUGUUCAGGCACGUCAUUAUGGAAAAUAACAGAGCUACUGAAAAAUUUGGAGGUGCUGCCGUUAUCUACGACAGUAGUAUUCAAGUGCAAAACUCGCGAUUUUCUAAUAACUUUGCAGGUUAUGGUGGUGCGUUUUGGAUAAUCGGCGAUGUAAAUAGUCUUCAAGUUAUGAAUUCUGUUUUUGAGAACAAUUUUGCUGCAAGCUACUCUGGAGGAGCAUUUCUGAUUCAAACGGGGCUGGUUUUCCUCUCCAUCUCUAUAGUUAACUCGACUUUUAACAACUGCUCAGCCACAUACAAUGCUGGUGCUGUCAAUCUUGUUACAGGUAACACCGUAACGGUAAGUAUCUUUAUUAAAAUGUCUCGUUUCCAAAACAAUUACUGCUCUUCUGGGAGUGGAGGAGCCCUAAGAGUGUCUUCGCCGUCUUCGUAUGGACACACAGGUAUUAAGGUUCAAGAAUGUAGUAAGAGUGAUACGAAAAUACGAAUAAAAAAAGAUGGAUCCAAAGAAGAUACUCACCUUUUCAUCGAAGACUCCGUCUUUGAAAGAAAUACUGCACCAUUUGGCGGUGCUAUAUACUUGGGUGUUGGAAAAGCAGCAUUUUAUAAUUGUUCUUUCAUUGAUAACUUUGCUAGAUUGCGAAGUGGACAUAUUCACUCAGUCUUUGGUUUAGCAAGCUUAAAAAUACAAGACACCCUCUUUAGACAGAUAAUGAAUGAAUUUAAAAGAGAUAAGAUUAUUUUAACAGUUACCUCGUUUCUUGAAGCGGAAAACAUCUUAAGUCUUAAAUUAUAUAAUACCACAGUAGAUGUUAGACCUUAUGGCAGUACCGGCCCCUUUAUACUGAUAACAAAUGGAAAGCUGAUAGACGUGGGAACCAACAACUUAACGAAUUUUAAUUGUCCUGUUGGGAGCAGGCUAGACAUUCUAAACAUAAUAGAUGAGUCAGACUCGCUCAGUACUUGGCAGUUUAGCUGUUCAGUCUGUGCAGGCAAUUCCUACAGUUUACAGCGUGGUCGUGCUGUUGGAUCUCGUGUGGUACCAGGAUUUCAGUGUCUUCCAUGCCCGUUUGGAGCAAACUGUUCUCAAAAUAUAAUCGCCAAACCAAACUUUUGGGGUUUUCAAGAACAGCUUAUUUCCCCAAAGCUUAAGUUUACCAUGUGUCCUCUGGGUUACUGUCGCCCACCUGACAUAAAAGAUUUCCCCAAAUAUAAUGGUUGCCAGGGUAACCGUUCUGGUGAAUUAUGUGGACAGUGUAGUGACGGUUAUUCAGAGACCCUUUUUUCUACAAACUGCAGACCCUCACAAAAGUGUAAUGAUAAGUGGUUUUGGCCUGUUGCGUUGCUUUAUGUGUUGGUCAUGGCUUUUUAUUUCACGUUUAAGCCCCCUAUUGUCCCCUGGGUGAAACGUCAAGUACUCUGGUUUAAAGCGCGCGACACAACAGACGAGGAGAACGAGUUUGACAGAGGUUAUCUUAAGAUUAUUUUCUACUUUUAUCAGGCAGCAAACCUUUUGCUCGUCUCCAGUACGUCACUACGUAUUUUUAGAACCAUGUUUGCGGGGAUUCUUGUUGGACUUUUCAAUUUUCAACUAAGAGUUUCAUCGGGUGGAUUGAUUUGUCCCUUUCCUGGGAUCACUGUGGUAACUAAGCAGUUAUUUUCUGUUUCGCACGUGUUUGGCACAUGUCUGAUGAUUGGCAUUAUUUAUAUUGUUCACUGGGGAGUUCGGAAAAUUCGAGGUCGAGAAGCACCAUUUGCUGGCCCUUAUAUUGGCGGUAUUUUACAAACCAUGUUGCUUGGAUACACAACUCUUGCUUCUGUCAGUUUUGACCUGCUACGAUGUGUUCCCAUUGGUUCAAAGAAGCAGAUGUUUUAUGAUGGAAACGUGGAGUGUUUUCAGUGGUGGCAGUACAUGUUGAUUGUUUUUGUUUGCGCAUUCGUUGUACCUUUCGUACUUGUUUUGUUUUGGGGCAGUUUUAAACUUUACAACCAAACACUUUCUGGGGAAAAAUUGGUAUUGGCCUGUUUUAUUCCUUUACCAUCUUUGGUUUAUUGGGCUUUUAUCUCUUUAAUUCAAAGAAGAAAACAUGGAGACAACAAAGAAACACUGGUUUCAACCAAUGCAGGAAACGAUGACACGCCCUCCAUCAACAUCACUGUCAAUUCUAUAAAGAGAGUUCUUUAUGACUCUUUCAAGAGACCAGAAGUUGGCGGAAAACUGUCUUUAGGAUGGGAAAGUGUUAUGAUCGGACGCCGGUUGAUUUUGGUUGUGUUGAAAGCUUUUGUCAGCGAUCCUAUGUCUCGUCUUCUUGUCAUGAUUUUCUUUUGUGUCUUGUUCUUUCAUCAUCACUCUAUGAUUCAACCAUUUCGUGACAGUUUGGCCAACAGGGUGGAAACAAUUUCGUUGCUAUUUCUUACUGUUCUUGCAAUUCUCAACAUGUUUUUUGGCUCUUUUCUGUCGUUGGCUGCAACAUCAGACGCUUAUUUGAGGUAUUGGUGGGAUGGCUGUCAAGUUUUACAAGNUGGGAAAGUGUUAUGAUCGGACGCCGGUUGAUUUUGGUUGUGUUGAAAGCUUUUGUCAGCGAUCCUAUGUCUCGUCUUCUUGUCAUGAUUUUCUUUUGUGUCUUGUUCUUUCAUCAUCACUCUAUGAUUCAACCAUUUCGUGACAGUUUGGCCAACAGGGUGGAAACAAUUUCGUUGCUAUUUCUUACUGUUCUUGCAAUUCUCAACAUGUUUUUUGGCUCUUUUCUGUCGUUGGCUGCAACAUCAGACGCUUAUUUGAGGUAUUGGUGGGAUGGCUGUCAAGUUUUACAAGUUAUUAUUCUCUGUGCUGUACCUACGCUAUUUUGCCUUCUUGUGGUUGCGGCUGUUUUAUCGCAGCUGAGUCGCCUCAUCAUCGUGGCUGGGCGCUUUUUGAGCAAAUUUAUGUGGAUCUGUCUUAGCAUGUGCGAUGGAGAUCAGAACGAUGAAAGAAGACCAUUAAGGCUUGUGACCUAA